AGUAAUUAAAAAUCGCGGGAACAGGUCACUCCAUAUCUAGUUUAUUUUUAUAAAAUCUCCCUUAUUGAAUAAAUAUGUCUUCUGAUAAUGAAUCUGUGGGUGAAAAUGAAGUUGAAGGACGGGCUGAAGAAGACUCUGGACCAGAAAGUGUUAAUAACAUAGAGGAAGAGAGAAAUGAAGAUGAGACUAAUGUUGAAGAUAACCAGCAAAAUGAAACCAAAAAAGAUGAUGAUGAAACCAAGAAAAAAGAAGUUAAGCCCAAAAGAAAAAUAUUGAAUCCGAUGCCUAAAUUUGAUACACAAACUAUAAGGAAUUCUAAAGGUUUACCAGCCAUUACUGGACACUUCAAAGAUAUAAAAUUUAAAGGAAAGGGAUAUGAGGAACAUGAUUUAAAUAUAUUAAUGAAAACCUAUGAGUACUGGUGUCAUAGAUUUUAUCCAAAAUUUACUUUUGAUGAUGCUAUUGCGAGAUUAGAAUGGCUUGGUAACAAAAAAGCAACUCAAGUGUAUUUGAGAAAAAUCAGAAUGGGAUUAGAAGAUUUUCUUGAGGAAGACAAUAAAAUAGCAAGUGAUGAUGAAAUUGAUACUAAGGGCUUUGUAGAACCAAAUGUAGAUCAGUUUGAUAAACUUUUGCCAGAAGCCGCCAAAGAACCUGAACCCACAGAUGAACAACUAGAAAUGAUAAGACAAAAUAGACUCAAGGCUGAAGCUAUUAGGAAAGAAAGGAUGUCUAGGAUUGGGGGUAUGUCAAGUCAAGUAUCAAGUUUCCAAAGUCAAAGUGAAAACCAUUCCGAUGAAAUUAGAGAAGUGCAUGAAGACCAUGAACAAGAGUUGGGUUUAGAUAACAUGUUAGAUAUGAUAAAUGAAGAUGAUGAAAGCACAUCAGUGGGUAUUUCAAAAGGCGAUGAACUUAAGCAGAAAAUUUUUGAACAAAGAGUUUCUACUGCCAUUAAAAAAAAUGCUGUUGCUAGUGAUAGUGAAGAGGGGGAAGAAAAUGUAUCCCAGAAUGAAACACACAAGAAAAAUGCACUUGCCAGUAAUUAUGAUUCUGAAAACCAUAGUAGUGAUCACCAGACAAGCAUGAAUGAUGAAAGUGCAGUGUUACAGACAUCUUUAAUAGCAAAAAAACACAAAUAUACAAUAUUUGACAAUAAUUCUCAGAAUUUGGUUGAGAAAAGGAAGAAAAUCACAGUAAGUGACAGUGAUAAUGAUUCUAAUCCAAAGCCUUCCACUUCCAAAGAUCUAUUUGUAUCAAAAAAGAAAGCAAAUAGAUCACAAAGUCGAAAGUCCCAAAUAAAGAAAUUUGUUUCAAGUGAAAGUGAAAAUGAAUUAAAUGAUUCAACAUCUUCUAAAACUAAACGUAGCUUUCCAAGAAAUAGAAAGAAGAAAAAUAGUAAUAGUAAUAUAAAUAAAUUGAGUAGUGAUAGUGAAUCAGUGAAAAAUUCACCAAGAAAUAACAGGAAAAUAAUAAGUGAUGAAGACUCAGAUGAUACCAGUAAUAACUUAUCUUCUCAAAGAUCUAUUCAGAAAACUCAUAUUUCACAAACAAAUGGUAAGGGAAGGGCAGUUUUAACUGAUGACAGUGAUAUAUCAUCCAAAAACUUAAAUGGGCAAAAUUCAAGUGGAACUGAUAGUGAUGGUGAAUCAGUUGUUAAUUCAAAAAAUUCUCAAAUUAAUCCAAAGAAAAGAAGAAUCUUAAAUGAAGACUCUGAUAGUUCAAGCGAUAGUUUGGUUUCUGAACGUUCUGAGGACAAUAGAAAACAUGUUCAAAUAAAGAAAAAGAAAAAAAUAUUAAUAGAUGAUACAGAUAGUGAGGUAUCUCAGAGUUCCUCAAAAAUGAAUACAGAAGAUGUUUUGGAUAGUGACACUGAAUUUGAUACUGUUCAACAUUCUCAAAGAAAAUCUAAGAAAAAAAUUGUUUUAAGUGAUGAAGACUCAAAUGAUGCAAGUCACAAUCCAUCUACUGAAAAUUCCUCUAUCAAAGAAAAUGAAUAUUUGAAUAGUGACAAUCAUUCACAGAAAAAUGGAACAAAGACAAAAUCAAUCAUAAGUGAUGACGAUUUAGAUGAUAGUGAUAAUGUAUCCUCUCAAAAAUCAGAUAUUCACGCUGUCUAUACUGAAAAUCAACAUUCUCAAACUAACACCAAAACAGUAAUUGUUAAUGACCAAGACUCAAACCAAACAGGAGAUGCAUUGUCUCAUACUAACAACUAACAGAUUUGUAGUUGAUAUGUCCAAAAUAUUGCAUCAAAUUAAGAAAAUAUCAAAAUGAAAACAACCAAAGGAAAGAAGUAGAUGAAAAAAAGUAACAUUUGGAAACUGCAAAGUGCUUGAAUUCAGUCAAAAUAAAUUUCAUAUGGCUGAACGAUCAGAAAAAAAGACAUUUUAAAUAGUAUUGUAGAACAAAUGAGUUCUACACAAUUAUUGUAUGUCCUAAAUACAGUUUAUUGUAUUUUUAUAUACUUCUAUAGAUUAGCAGAGCAAUAUGAAAUUGAUACAGUAAUACUUUACCACUCUAAUUAAACCUAAUCUAAAAUUUUCGUUGGUAUCAAGUUCAAACUACAUUUUGGUAUUUUGAAGUAGAGUAUUUUCAAAUCUAUAACUUAAAAUAAUAAUUUUUCCAAGAUAAUGUAUUUUUUAAACUAGUAUGGGAUUUUAUAUUUAAUUUUAGAGAAUUUUUUUUAUUUAUUCCAAUUUUUCCCGCAUGUUGUUAUGAUGUUGCUGAUGAAAUUUGUGAUGCUAGAGUAUGAAAAAUUGCAGACUCAGACAAUAACAAGCCAAUCAGUGUCACUUAGAAAUAAUAGUCAAAUAGAAUUUAAAACCUUUUUAAACGAAUACAUAUUAACACUCUGGUAAGUUCCAGUGUAUGUUAACAGCAUUUUUUUUAGUAAAAAAAUAAAUUUCAUUUCAUUCAUUAUGCUUUACAAUCUGUAGGGAUUAUAGCUAACGUUAUGGUGUUCAAAAUCUCAUUCUUGGCUGAAGUGGAUUAUUCAUCUAUGUUAUUUCUAUCUGUUUGGUUUCUAGGAUAGGGUCGAUUUGAUUUUUACUAACAUUUGUAUAUCUCCAGGUUGCCUUAUGUUUCCUUGGAUGCUCAAAGUUUAUCCAAAGCUAAAAUUUCUAUUACUAACAUAAUAACCUGUUAUAACCAACUUCCUAUUUAAAAAUAAUAAUAAUAGAUUUGAACAUUUCCCUAUUCUCACAUAGAUAGAUUCUUAUUCUGAUUUAUAAUAAGUAUUGUAUGAUCAUGACCCCUCUUUUAAUACUUCCUGUUUUUUUUUAAGCAGAUAUUUAUCUAGAUGUACUAUGCAUUUGGUUGUCAUACUAUAGAUCCAAUGAAAAAACUAACAUAGUUUUCAAAAAAUGAGAUAUGGUUUAGAUUUUAGCUACUUGCAGGGAAUGAAAUUUACAUAAAUUAAUUUAUUGUUAACAUCUACCUGUCUCAUUUAAAUGGUAAAUCCACAAUCUAUUGUAAUUAUGAUUUUUCUCGAUUGAUCAGCAUUCAUAAACAUUUGAAAUAUAUUGAGAUAUUUAUCCUUUACUUUUAGGGGUCAUGAAUUGUAAACUGAAAAAUUAUUAUGUAUAAAUUAAAUGCUUAAGUUAUAUUAUUUUCUCUGUAUCGUUUAACCCAAUAUUAUCAAACUUGUUUAUUAGCCUACAACAAAUGUUGUGCUAAUGCAAAACAUUAAUUUUAAAUGUAAAACAGUGUUUUAUUACUAAUAUAACAUUUUAAAUGAAAGAAAAACAGAAUUCACUAAUAUUUUGAACACUCAGUGCAAGUUCCUGACUGUCUACAAUUGCAUUCUUGGUAAUACACAGUGGUGUUAAAAAGUUCUGCAUCACCUUACCAAAUACAUGAAAAUAGAAGUUAGAAAUUUUCCUUAAAUAUUUUUUAACCAUUUACUAUCUACAUCAAACAAGCACUUAAAGACAAUAUUAUAAAAUGGAAACGCAGCAAAAAUUUUGAUUAAUAAAAAAAAUGUAGUUCGGAAAUUUUUUUAUUCAAUAGUACAAAAAUUGGGCUAUUUACAUCAAGACGAUAUUGUACUCACAUUGAAGUAAUUUAAAAUAAUUUUAAUAUUUAAUUGGCCAGUCCUUGUUUUUAAUAACUAGUUCACAUCUUAUGGGCAUGGAAUUUAUUAAUUUUUGCAGUUCCUCCAUGGAAAUACAGUGAUGCCAAGCGUGGAUUAGAGAUUCGAUUUAUUUCGUUUUAUUUGUGGGUUUGCUUAUGGAAAUGAUGUUUGAUGUCCUUUGCCACAAAUUCUCGAUGAGAUUGAGGUCCGAGGAUUGCGCUGGCCAGUCCAUCCUAUCAAUUUCAUUACUCUCUAAGCUUUAACCAAUUUUGCCCUAUGGCAAGGAGCAUUAUCAUCCUGAAAAAUAAAUUUUUCUUCUCUAAACAGGUUUUUCCACUACGCAGUAUGUUAUUCUGUAAUACCUUAAUGAAUUUGGUAGCAUUGAUUAUCCCAGAGACAACGUGUAGGCGUCCAACUCCUCGAGCGAACAUGCAACCCCAUAUCAUAAUGAAGGUUGGAUGUUUAAUUGUGUGAAGAACCCAUUUUGGAGAAAAUUCUUUAUCAGGAAAUCGACUGACGUAGGCAUUUCCAGCAUGAUUAUUAAUAUUGAAAAUAUUGGAUCACUAAACAGUACACUCUGCCACUACUUUGCUUUUCUGAAAGAAGUGGUUUCUUCCUUGCCUUACAUCCUCUAAGUCCAAAACUAAGCAGUCUUUUUCUCGCAGGGGAAGUGCACACGCUUACACCUGUAGAUUCAUACCACAGCUUCGUCAAUUGACUGCAAUCACUGUAGAUUGAUUACAGUUUACUGCGGAUGUUAUUUCGCGACUAGAUAUAUCGUUUUUAUGGUGAAAAAUAAUUUCAAAACACUUUUCGUCCGAUAAUUUAGUUUGUUUGGUCUGGGAUGACAUUUUGAGCUUUUUAUCAAAAAUCAAAGAGCGAAUAAAUGUGUUAGGGUAACUACAGUGUUUAUAUAGUCAAAAUAUGUGGCAAAUUUGUAAUUAAUAUAAUCAAUUUAAUAGUACUUAACAACUUAAUAAUCACCUCAUAAUUUUCUCGGAUUAUGAGAAAUCCCUUCAAUCAGAUUAUUUUAAUCUUUUCUAUAAAAUUUCGAGCUAGUAUUUAAAAAGGCAUUAGUAAGUAUACCGAUAAUGCUAAUUACAAGCACAAACUUAAAAUGAAUUAGCGAAAAUAUACAAAAAACUUGUGUUAAACCUCAAAAACUAUAAGGCGCUUAGGUGAUACAGGACUUUUUAACACCACUGUAGUCAUUGGCUAUGGCAUUGGUCAUGUUUUUGGCUUUGCCAAUAAAAGCAAAUUUUCCAUUUUUGUUCUUAAUAUGUUGAAACUUACACUGCACGGACAUCUAUGUUAACUAUACUUUCAUACAAAGUAACAAUUGUGUCUUUCAUGGUUGGAUAACAAACUGGCUCAAAUCUAUCAUAUACUGGUGCCGAUAUAUGGAAUUUUGACCUCGUUUUAAUGUGGUAUAUCGUUGCUUUUAAUGCAAAAUGUCAUAUGUUUCAAAAUGUACUUUUCAGAAGGCAAAAAAACAAUAAUAUUUCUGUGUGAGUAGUGUUUUUCUCCAAAUUAGAAGAUAUACAAUACAUAUUGUCCUUUGUUUUUAAGUAUAUCUUCUAUUUGGACACAAAAACACUACUCGCGCAGUAAAUAUUCAGUUUUUUUUUGUCUCCUGAAAAGUGCAUUUUGAAACGUAUGACAUUUCGCAUUAACGGCAACGAUAUGUAUAAAUAAUAUGGAAAGUAAGAUAUUAACGUAAGGUCCUUUGUUCCUCAAUUAUUAUUAUUAUAUACACAUCGCCGUGGCUAUUAUGUUUUGCAGAGUGUCACAAUGUCUACCACUUAUGGCCAUUCUUAUUAAUAAAACUUUUAUUUCUUGAGAUAACUACAUACUUUGGUUCUCCAAAUAUCCAGCUCGUAUGAUAGCAACAUUUUCCAUAUCAUCCACAACAAUAUAUUCCUCUAGAUGUUCAUUAGAACAAGGAGAUUCGAUCAAAUUGUCACUAGUUUCAUUAUGCGAUUGUAAUUAUCUGACGACUAAAUCAGAAAGUAGCAAGUACCUCAUAA